CACUGUGAUCCCGUAACAUCCGUUCCGAUCCGUUUCGUGUUGCCAAUAUCCAUCCCAGAUCCCAAAGAGAAAGAAAACCGUUUCGCUCACCAUAAAUUUUGUUUCGGUUUCCAUCGCAAAACCCUCUCCCCCCACUUCUCCGCGCCGCUACCAAAUCCGCAAGACCGCAAUGGAGUUCGCCUUCCGCGGCCGACCCACCAGCGCAGCAGCCGACGACGAAGAAAACGGCCGUCUCCGCCGCUUCCCCGACCCUCCGGCGCCGCCGCACAGUCACGGUGACCCCAAUACAUCAGGGGUAGAUGCCGCGCUGCUGACGAGGAGGCAGGAACUGCUGUUGGAGCUGCACAAGGGAUUCAUGCACCAGGACAUGAUCUUGCGCGAGCUCAUGCAGACUGAGCGCGUCAUGGGCUUUACCCCUGGCGGCCACAAUCCUGUGCCAGCACUCCCAUGGUCACAGGAUUACCGGCAUCGCAGGACGCCGUCGAUGCCUCCUUGGGAAGAGCCUCUUCGCCAGCCGUGCCCUUGCUGCUGCGGAAGCUCCACAGCGGUAAGGGUGCCUCCAGUGUACCCACAUGUGGAGCGGUCGCCAUCACCAGCACCGUUGCUGCAGCUACAGUCAUCAAGUGACACUGAAAAGCAGCAAGGUUGCAGGUCAUCUGGUGCAAGAACGCAUCCAACAAGUGGCCAUGUGGAACUGGGCACUUCACCUAGCAAGCAGACUCCGGAGGAAGAGACCUUGGUACCAGUGGCACCCCAUGCUUCUGUUAGAUCAAUGGGUUCUGGCUCAAUCCGCGAGGCGGUGGCAUCCACACAUCAGAGGACCGAUGAUAGUUGGGAACGUAGGUGUGGUGCAGAGGCCUGCCAUGGUGUGCAGCAUAUGUAUGAAGGUAGAAACCAUAAGAGUGAGGAGAGAGAGGCUGCCAAAUUUGCUAAGGACGAUCAGAGCAAUGGAGCCAUGCAGUUGCCUUAUCGAUAUAGCCUGGCAGGUAAUGAGAACGCAGGAUCCUAUCAGCAGAAGCGGCUAGAGUUCAGUGAGCCUGCACCUGAGCAGACAAGGCCGAGCAAUGAUGCUGAGCAGCAUCAGGGCAGGUCAUCUGGGUUGAGGACACAUCCAUUUAGCGGAUAUGUGGAACUGUGUCAAUCACCGAGAAAGCAGACUCCAGUGGAAGAGACUUUGGUGCCAAUGGCAGCCAAAGCCGGUAUUAAUCAGAUGCAGUCUUCCUCAUUUUGCGAGGAGGCAGCAUCAGGACAUCAACAGGUCGUUGUUGGGGUAAAGGUUGAUGUGGAGGGUGGCUGUAGCAUGCAGCCAUUGCACGAAAUCAAGAACCAGAGCACUGAGGAGGGAAAGGCCAUAGAGUCCGCCGUUAAGGAUUGUAUAAAAAAACCUAUGCAACAGCGUCUUCAGUAUAAGCCCACAGAUCAGGAAAACGCUGCUAACAGCGAGCAGAAGAGUACAGAGUUCAAUGAGCCAACAACUGAAAGAACUGCUGGGGAGAAGAGGAAGCUGACCGCCCCAAGUUCACCUGUCAAGAAGCAGAAGCCACUCGGGCAAUGGAGCUGCACUGUCUGCCAUGCUAACCCAACUAACCAGCAUCAACUUGAGAAGCACCUGGCUGGCAAGCGGCACCGGUCAAAUGUCGCAGCACUGCAAACAUCGAGGAGCAAGAGCAACAGCCCGGAGCCUAACACGAAAACAACGCCUGCAAGGAGCAGGGCUAUCGCGACGAACACACACCAAGACGGCAAGGAGGAGGUGCCAGAGAACACAUGGACGUGUACACUUUGCCAGGCCAAGUGCACUACUGAAUGGGACUACUACUUCCAUCUUGCGGGCAGGCGACACCAGGAGAACGCAGAGGCCAGGCGUGCGAAGCUCUCGAGGUCCUACUGUGCAGUGUGUGACGUGCAAUGCAACAGUGAGAAGAAUCUGGAGUCACACCUCGUCGGGAGGAGGCACCGAGAGGCGCUACAGAGCCGCAAUUGAGAUGCUGGGGCAUGGCUGCAGAGUGACCGUCCUUGCUCACGGGCAAGUUGUUGGCUGGGUUCCGGAUGGUUUUCAGCUGUCGAUCUGCCAUUUUGAGGGGCGCUUCACACGGUGGUGGACGAAGCUGCUAUUGCUGCACUUCUGGUCUGCUGCUGAACUGCAGAUUUCGGUGAUUUCUCACGUUUCGAACUUUAAUUUUACUAUGGUAGGUUUAAUUGUUAUGUGACUUUUAUCUUCGGCCCAAGAGACACACUUUGAAGCACGUAUGUUUCGAUGUAGCAGUUGAUUGGUGUUGCUGAUUGGUAACGUUUUUUAAUUAGCUAGUUGAAUUCUCUGCGCUUUGCUUCGGAAAUUUGUUGAAAUAAUUCCAUGAGAACCUUUAGAUUCCAUUGCAAAAAACAUGUGAAAGUGCACAGCUGUUGUGAAAAA